UGUCAGCCUCCAUCCAGGCGACCGUACUUCGGUUCAACACUCACGCCCAUGCUUCAGCAGUGUUCUUCAUUGCCUCAUCAGGCACACACUGGUUAGACAUACAACAUAUAUACGGCCACGUCCGUUCCUCAUUUGGAUAUAGAACCUCGCCUGACCUUUGUAAUUGCUCUUUGCUUAGCCUGGCGCCUUUGAAUAUUCGUUUCAUUUCGCAUCUUUUCUGUUAAGUUUUUUCGUUAUGCAUUGGCUUCAACGCCAGGAUGAUGGAUCGAUUGAUCUGAGUUCACUACAACUCGAUAUCGUCGGUUUCUUGGCUAUAUUGGGAGAGGGUUCAGUACUGGCCAACGCCCAAGUAUCUACGCUCUCGAAAUGGGUAUUUCUACCGCGAUUGAUGCCAGCGCCCCAGGCGCUCAUGAGACCCUCCAGGCCGCAGGUACUCGAGCCUGUCCGAGGAAACGUAUCAGGCAUAUUUUCAGGGAAUCAUAGAGAAGAUAUCAAUCACGUUGGUAACAUAGUUUGUGACGCGAGUAAUCUUCCUCCCUUCUCCGUCCGCGUCGUCGAGAUCAAACGAACAGGCAACAACGAGCUCAAAUCCAAAACUAAAUCUCCCCUGACUGUUGUCACUAUCCUCGGCUUCAUAUUCUCCUCAAUCCUCUUUGGUCUGUCGAUAUGGCUUGAUGAUGGUAUGUCCCUCAUGGCCACCAUCCUACUUUCGUUGCUCUCCAGCAUCAUCGGUUACGGCAACAAGUGGCAGCUUCAGUUACCCAAGCGUGCGAUUAAAAAUGGCAAAGUCCCAAGGGGUGACGUUGUGAUACGAUAUCUCAAGGGAAGCUUUCUGGUUGUGAAGUGCGACGAGGAUGUUGCAAGAGAGAUGUACUUUGCGCCCGAGGAAAUAAAGUACCUUCUCGAUCACGGAUCCGCAUACAGAUUACUGAGUCUGAUCGGCACAGCAAUCUUCAUGGGCGGCGUCAUCUGCCUGGCAAAUUCCCGAAUCGAGUUGCAGAUCGCAUGGGCAGGCUCAUACAUGCUGCUCGGCUCCUCAUACUGGAUCGUCGCCGCUCUACCUGAAAAAUUCCACUGGGACACAUCCUGCUAUACCGUCACCAGCGAAUGCCUUUCCGACUCCAACAUGCAGAAGAAGGGAUAUCCCUCCGAAAACCAAACAUUCACCCAAGCCCUCUGGAAGGCCAUCGUUGUCAGUAAAAGUACCAAGUGGGUGCUCACAAGCGACGCGUGCCCACAUACACCAGCGUGGAAAAAUUGGCUGAGAGAUGCGGAAAUAUAUAGUAAAAGUGUCGGCGUCGCAGAAAAGGAGAACAUGCAUGGGGUCAAGACGUGGGCGAUUCCUGAAUGGGAUCCGCAAAGUCACCUGGUGAACCUUUUGGCGGAGCAGGCGCAGCACGAUGAUGACAAAAUGGCAGGAGUUGUUGAGGAAGUAUGAGUACAAUUGGUUUCUUUUGAAUUGCUUGAGCAUUUCCCUGGCAUGGCGCGGCGCUGGAUACGAUCUACGACUACGAUAUCAUGAUUGAACACGAUAUGACGCAUUGCAUAUUUAGCACUUGUAGCAAUUUACAUAUUGAGUGCCACAAUUCUU